CAUUUUUGGUAAUGCUAAUUUGGUUUUCUUUUUUUUUUUUAAUUAAACUAUGGUUCCCUCGUACAUUUCAUACUUCAACUCUUCCUCUCCUCAUUAUUGUUAUAAGGAAUUUCUUAAUUUCAGUUCUCAUUAUGAGCAGAAGUUUUAGUUCAGAGGAAGGUUUUAAUUUGUACACUGUCUCCGUAAGAGUCACAACAGACAGAUCUUGCCUCUAGUCAGUUGGAAGAACUCCAUCUUCUCUGGCUUCUGAGGGAGCAGGAGAUUUGGGGUUUGCUGUUUGAGUUUCUCUAAAUAAAGAAGAUUGGGUAGUUAACUGCUAAGAGUUGAAACUGAGAUACUAAAUUGAGAAGAAAACUCUUACUGAGGGGGUUUCUUUUCCCUCAGAGUUCUGAGAGAGAGGUACUGCACUGUCUGUGUCAACUGUGACAAGGAGUUUCUCCACUAACAGUUAGGGAAGAAGAAAUACUUUUAAGGAGGCAUGGGAGAUUUAUAUUCAUUGGUUUAGAUUAGUUAAGAUAGUUAGCAAUUAUAUUUUUUAGUUUAGUUUAGUCAGGCCUAUUUUGGCAGGCAAGAAGAUUGUCAAGUUAGGGUUUAUUAGACUUUAGUAUUAGGGUUUGGAUUUAGACAUAAUAUAGAUUUAAGAGAUAUAAUCUCCCUUUCCUUUCCUCCUACACCUAUCCAACUUCUCUGUAAUAAAUAGAGCUGCUGGCUUACUGAACCAAUCUAUGUACGUAUUUCAGACUCCUACAAACAUUAAUUAUCCAUCAGCAACCUCAUAUAACAUUAAUUUACUAUAACAUUAUAAAUAAAAGCUGCUAACAGUUUUUCUAGCUUAGGGAUAUUUUUAAUUUGGCAUCCGCAAAAUUAUUGAAUUUAUAACCCUCAGUCAAAACCACAAUUUAACCCUUAUACUAGUAUAGGUUUCCUACCUUCUAUAUCGUGUAGGGUGCUUCACGCUGGGCUUCUACCCCUUUUACAAUUUUAUUGCCUCUGGUGGAAUCAUGGUGUGAUUUGGGCUGUUUCAAGUUCUGUUGGUUCUUGCAGAUGCUAUAAAUUCCAGGACUACUCUUUCUCCUUCCCUAGUGAGAAUGUGUUCCUCCAGUUUUCCUUUGUUUUAAGGCAAUUUAUUUUCGUGUGCAUGCAUGUGUGUGUGAGUGUAUGUAAAAAUCAGGGGAGUGGAGUGUCCUUAAUCCACUAACUUCGCUUCCAAUUUGCAACUUGAAACUGUGUUUUCUUACUGUUAAUUAUCAGGCUAAAAUGAGCACAAGCAUCAGAGGAAUAAUCCAUGUUCUGUUGCACCUCAGCCUUAGUUGGCUGCAUUAAAUGUACAACCAUCUGCAAACAGAAAUUCAUGCCCCAACUCUCCUUCCACUUUAGUCUGAGGAUUUCAAAUUAAUUAAUUUGCCAUCAGCACAGCUGCUGACCUUGAAAUAUCCGAUACCUUCAAUGAAAAUGUAAUAAAAAGCAUGGGAACAAUCACAUAGCCCUGUUUCACUCCAUUAGUGAUUGAAAGUGGGAGGACAUUGUCCAUUACUCAGAACCCAUGCAAGCCCAUCUUCAUGGAACUGACAUACAAUACUGAUGAAAUCAGAUUUUGCCAUGACCUUGCAGAAGUUCUCAUGACUGAUAGUAUCAAGAGCCUUAAUCAAAUCAACAAGUGUGAACUGAUUUCUGUUUCUCUCCUGGCAUUUCUCCUAUAGUUAUCAGGCAGCAAGUCUCAUAUUGACCAUUAUUAGGCCAUCUCUGAAGCACACUGGCUCUCACAUAGAUGAUCAUCUUCCAGGUGAGAGAUCAGCCUAUUAAAGAGGAGUGGCAAAAAUCUUGUCAGCAGUAACUAAGACUCCUUCCCCCCUGAUUUUUCACAGGAAAACCUAUUUCCAUUUCCUUUAAAGAGAUGGACAAUAUAGGCACCCUUGAUCUCUUGCCAACCCUGAGUUGGCUCAUAUUUCCCUCUAAGUUAGGAACAAAUUGUUUACACAUGGAGAAACUCUAAUCUGUGAACAUUAAAGUUUUCUGGUAAGUCUUCUUGCUAUGAGGCUGCCACUUUUCUUAAGUUGGAAUAUUUAACAUGGAGAGGAUCCAGUACUUGGUGCCACACAUUGUUUUUGUCAAUCUCACAUUUUGUCUCUUGUCUUCCCAAUGGCAGUCUAUUAAAUGCUAAUGUUUGCUGCAAGGACACAUUAAUGAAAUUUUAUUGCAUUUAGGUAAAUGGUAGAUAGUGCUAGUGAUAAGAAAGUCAUGAAAUACAGUUCUUCAGUAGUAAGUGAUUAUUUCUGUUGCUGUUUCUGAUGCAAUUCCUCCCAAAGAAUCCUUGCCAUAUCAGAUAGUCUGUGCCUACUCUGGCAUUAAAGAAAACUUAAUUCUUAACGUAACUCUACCCAUUCCUAUUGUUGGAAGCAAAUUUCUCUCUCCAUUAUGUCACCUUUUUUAAGGUCAUUUCUCAAUGCCCUGGACAUCAAAUGCCACCGAGUAAAUUCAGGUAUAGUUAAACCCUCAGAGAGAGGAAGUUAAAGAACCCCAAUAACCAAUGAGAUGGGAAACUGAUUUCACAGGCACUGCCCUCUGGGUGGCUCAGGCAAAUUAAAAAACUAUGGUUAUUUCCUGAGAUGUGACAUGUGAGAGCUAGUGGGUGGAGAAAACAGCUUAUAAGGGGAGACCCAACAGGAAGUAAGGGUCUUCUGGCUGGAGCUGGGAGAGCUAAAGAAACACUUGUUGGAGUUUAGCCACAGGCCCAUCAUGGUGGCCAAUAGAUUAGAAAGCUAAGUAUCUCUCUACCUUUCUCCUAUCUUUCCCUCUCUUUACUACUAGUACUACUACUACGAUUUAAUAAAGUUAUUAAGCUACUACCAGCCACAAAAUUUUAAUUAUUACACUGGGAGAAAAACUAAUCCUAAACUUCCCCUCUCCUGGGGAAAGGCCUAAUGCUAAAAGUAAAUUUAAUCCUGACCUUUACUUUAGGUCAGAAGAAAUGGGGAUUGACAGCAGGAGGCCAAACUCUAGCACCAUCUACCCAGAAGUCAUUUGGUGAGGGAUUAAACCCAAGAACAUGAAUUUAUCACAAGGAUCAUAUCCUAUGACUAAGUGGGUUUUAUACCAAAAAUGCAGGUGAAAGAUGUGGGUUUGGCCACUCAAAAGGUUAGUAAAAGCAUUAGUCUGCUGUCUGUUUCUCUCAAGUUCAGAGGACAAGAUGGCUACCCUCAGUCCUGAAAAUCUUAUAAGCACAGUCUGACUGCUGUACAGUUAUCACAAAAACUGUUUUAAUAAAGUAAACUAAAAAGGACUGGAUGUGGGAUGAGGGCCAAGGAAUUCCCUAAGCUAAGAAAACUACUUUUCACUCACAAACUACAAGGCUUGCAAAAAGCCUGCCUUCUUUGUCUUCCAAACUAUCUCACACCCUAACCUGACUGUGUGGUAACCCCAAAAUCCCUGCUCUAGCUUCCCUAAUCUAUGGCCUCUCCAAAACAGUCUUCAGAACAGGUGAAGAGAUCAAGUUGGCUGGACAGGUUUGAUGACUGUUUGAUAGAGAAAAAAAAAUAUUCUAAAUUAAUUAAUUAAAGAAAUUUUAAGAGAGAAAAAAAGAAAGUAAAAGCAAGCACACUGGACCUGCAGUUUGCUGCUUCUGUUCUCUUUUCUUUUGAAGAAAUUUUGACAUUUGUUUCUCCCGUUAUCCCAAUAUCACCGACGAUGGCCCAGGAAUUCUCUCUGCCAAUUCAAUACUAAGGGAUAAAGAUGGGGCUGCUAGAAUGCAGAGGAGCAGAGUUGUAGGCCUGCUCAGGAAGAUUUAAAUUUUAAGAUCAACUUAAAGCACUUGUUGUGUGACCCUGGGCAAGUCACUUCCCCUAGUUUCCACCUCGGUAAAAUGGGGAUAAUAGCGCCUCCUUCCCAAAGUGAAAGUGAGGACUAAGAGACAAAAAUUGUAAAGUAACACGGUGUUCGGCACCUAAUAGCUCUAUUCUGCCUUUUGUCAGGUGAUCUCAUGCCAUCCAUCCCGAAAAAUGGUCCUGUCCGGCUUUGAUCCUCUGCUUUCCCCCGGACAUGGGUCCAUCGACGUCCUUACUUUCCCAGCCCCGCAAUCCGCAGUCCCGAUCCUCAGCUCCUGCACCAGGAAGUGCCCGGAAGGCAGAAGCAGGGGCGGGGGAGGGGGGGGAAACGAAGGGCCAAAUUUCCGGUUCGGAAAGGGGCCUGAGCCUUAGGCCGGCGUAAGAGAGCCUCAACCUCUGAACUACGGUUCCCACAAGGCUUUGCUCGUUAUGGAUGCACUUUCCAAACCCCAGGCCCUCUUAGGUCACUUCCCCCCGCCCUAUCUCCCCCUCUUCCAUGCUUUCUGGUGGGUGCUUACUUAAUUAUCGUGAGCCGAUUUGUGGAGGGAUGAGCGAGAGCCGAAAGAGGAGCUAAGGCCAAGGCUGAAGCCGAGUGCAGAGGUGCGGCGAAAGCAGAGCGAAGGGGACUGUGGGUAGGGGAGCCAGAGACAUGCGCAGAGGUGGAGGUCCUGAGCGAGUGUCUUGGGCAGUCUAGGGGUGGAGCCGAAUGCAAAUGUCGCCUCGGACACGCCCUCAUCGCGUAAUCCUGUGCCUAGCUUGACCCUCCAAGUGUCUGUCCUUCUACCUGUGCAGAUUUGAGGGAGUGAGCUCCUGGUUUUUGCCUUUUGGGGCAUUGGUCCUGACUCCCUGGAGCCGUAGCUCCUCCUCCCAACAUCUUUCUGGGUACCGCCUCCUCCAAGAAGCCUUCCCUUAUGCUCAGAGUUCUCUCGCUCCUGAGAGCACCACUUAAGUGUUCUGUUUUAUCUCUAUAAAGAGAUUUUGUCCAAAAGACAAGACUCCCUCCAGGAAAACAAGGACUGUUUCCUUCUGGUCCUUCCCCAACCCCAGCCCCAGAUAUCCUCCCUGGUCUCCCCCUCAGGGAAGAAGUGAGAAUCUGUGUCCUGAGAGAAGGGGAGACCCGCAGCCUGAGCCCCGCUUCUCAUGGUGCCCGUUUCCUCCCCAGCUCUGUCUCCUGUGGCCUCUGUUCUCCCCAGGAGGUAGGAGCCCUGAGGAGGAGGGGAUGGCCCCUGUGCCCCUGCCAGCCAGGCCCUGCCAGGAAACAGUGACAUUUCAGGAUGUGGCUGUUGAAUUCACCUGGGAGGAGUGGGGACAUUUGAACCCAUCUCAGAAAAAGUUGUACAGUGAUGUGAUGCUGGAGAACUACAAGAACUUGGUCUCUUUGGAGAGCAAAGAACAUCCUGAAGAGAAGCCUUACAAAUGUAGUAAGUGUGGAAAGGCCUUCAAGAAUAAGACACAGCUUAUCAUGCAUCAGAGAAUUCAUUCUGGAAAGAUUUUUUAUGAAUGUAAGGAGUGUGGGAAGGAGUUCCAUCGCAACUCAGAUCUUAUUAAACAUCAAAGAAUUCAUACUGGAGAGAAACCUUAUGAAUGUACUGAAUGUGGGAAGACCUUUAGGAUGAAGGCAUAUCUUAUUGUGCAUCAGAGAAUUCAUACUGGAGAGAAACCUUUUGAAUGUUGUGAAUGUCAGAAGGCUUUUAGUAUGAAGGCAUAUCUUAUUGUGCAUCAGAGAAUUCAUACUGGAGAGAAACCUUAUGAAUGUAGUCAAUGUGGAAAAGCCUUCAGACGAAAGCCACAUCUUAAUGAACAUCAGAGAAUUCAUACUGGAGAGAAACCUUUUAAAUGUACUGAAUGUGGGAAGGCUUUCAGGAUGAAGGCAUAUCUUAUUGUGCAUCAGAGAAUUCAUACUGGAGAGAUUCUUUAUGAAUGUAAGGAGUGUGGGAAGGCUUUCCACAAAAACUCGGGACUGAUACGACAUCAAAGAAUUCAUACUGAAGAGAAACCAUAUGAAUGGAGUGAAUGUGGGAAGACCUUGAGGAGGAAGGCACAAUUAACUUUGCAUCAAUGCAUUCAUUCUGGAGAGAGACCUUAUGAAUGUAAUGAAUGUGGGAAGGCUUUUAGAAGGAAGGUAUAUCUUAUUGAGCAUCAGAGAAUUCAUACUGGAGAGAAACCUUAUGAAUGUAAUUAUUGUGGGAAGGCCUUCAGGAUGAAGGCAUAUCUUAUUGUGCAUAAGAGGAUUCAUACUGGAGAGAUUCUUUAUGAAUGUAAGGAGUGUGGGAAAGCCUUUGAUCGCAAAUCAGAUCUUAUUCAGCAUCAAAGAAUUCAUACUGGUGAGAAACCUUAUGAAUGUAAAGAGUGUAGAAAGGCCUUCAGGAGGAAGUCAAAGCUUACUGAGCAUCAAAGAAUUCAUACUGGAGAGAAACCUUAUAAGUGUAAUGCAUGUGGGAAGGCCUUUAGACAGAGGACACAACUUUAUGUCCAUCUGAGAAUUCAUACUGGAGAGAUUCCUCAUGAAUGUAAGGAAUGUGGAAAGGCUUUUGUUUACAACUCAGAACUCAUUAAACAUCAAAGAAUUCAUACUGGAGAGAAACCUUAUGAAUGUAAUGAAUGUGGAAAGGCUUUCAGGAAGAAGUCAUAUCUUACUCUGCAUCAGAGAGUUCAUACUGGAGAGAUUUUUUAUGAAUGUAAGGAGUGUGGGAAGUCUUGUCUAUACAACUCAGAUCUUAUUGUACACCAAAGAAUUCAUACUGGUGAGAGACCUUAUGAAUGUAAAGAAUGUGGAAAGUCUUUCAAACAGAGGACACAGCUUACUCAACAUCAGAGUAUUCAUACUAGAGAAAGACCUUAUGAAUGUAAAGAAUGUGAGAAGACUUUCAAACUGAGGACACAUCUUGCUCAACAUGAAAGAAUUCAUUCUCAAACAAAGUAUUGAAAGUGUUAAUGCAUGUGGGAAAGUCUUUAGACUGAGGAUAUUACUUUAUGUCCAUCAGGGAAUUCAUACUGAAGAGAUGGCUCAUGAAUAUAAGGAGUUUCAGAAGGCUUUCAGUGUAACUCAGAUCUUGACAUCAAACAAUUCAUUUAACAGAGAGACCUUAUGAAUAUUGUUUUUCCUUUUUCAAAGAGGACCAGUGACAUCACAGGUUGGUAUUUUGACUUGUGCAUGAAUUGGACUUAAAUAAGCAGAAGUGCACAAAGUCUUCAGCUUCACUCUCUUCCAGGAUCAUUGAAGUCUAGUGGUAAGACAAAAGAUAGGACAACUGGUGAUGACCCAGGAUGUAUACCUUGGUGAUUUCUAACCUACUUAUAAGGUCCACAGUGCCUGUCUCAUGGCCAUUAGAACAAAUUGUUUUCAUUCACUCAUUCCACUAGGGGAAAUCUUCACAUGCUUUAGGGAGACACUUCCCUAACUCACUGACAGGUUUGUGGUCUAUUGGUUACCCUCAACCUGGUUUAACCUCUUUGUCAAGACAGUUUUACCAGAAUGCAGCUGCAAAUAUGCUACAGCUUCUUGGAGUCACAGAUGAGAAUUGGGUCAUAAGGAAACAACAAAGGUGGAUAAGCAGUCCUAAAGAGGGCUUAACAAACUAUAUAUGCUACAGCUUCUUAGAGUCACAGGUGAGAAUUUGGUCAUAGGGAAACAAUAAAGGUAGAUAAGCAGCCUUGAAGAGAGCUCAACAAACCCUCACCCAAGAGGUGCUAGUCACAUUUGGACAUUCACAUACCCCUUUUAUGAAUUUAAUGAAUAUGGGAAAACCAUCAUAUUGAGAACACAACUUGACUUCAAAGCAUUCAUACUGGUGAGAUUACUUAUGAAAGUAAGGAGUGUGAAAAAGCCUUUCAAUGCAAAUUGGAGCUUACUUAACAUCAAAGAAUUCUAACUGGAGAGAAAUACUAUGAAUGUAGUGAAUGUGGGAAGGCCCUUAGAGGACACUACUUUUUAUCUAUCAGAGAAUUCAUCCUGGAGAGAGAACUUAUGAAUGUGGGAGGACAAAACCUUAUAAAUGUAAUGCAUGUGAGAAGGUCUUUAGAUCAAGAAUAAUACUUAAUGUCCAUCAGAGAAUUCAUACUGGAGAGAAACUUAUGAAUGUAGUGAAUGUGGAAAGGCCUUUGAAUAGAACCACCAGAGAAUUCAUACUGAAGAAAUUCCUUGUGAAUGUAAGGAGGGUGAGAAGGCUUUCCACUACAAUGCAGAUCUUAUUCUGCAUCAAAGAAUUUAUAUAACAUAGAGACCUCAUGAAUGUAAUGAAUGUGGGAAUACCUUACAACUGAGAACCCAGCUUGUUCAACAUCAGAGCAUUCAUACUAGAGAGAGACCUUAUGAAUGUAAUGAAUGUUGGAAGACCUUCAGACUGAAGAUAUGCUUGUUCAGCAUCAAAGAAUUCAUUCUGGAGAGAAAUUUUAUGAAGGUAAUGCCUUUAGAUUGAAGACUUUAUGUCCAUCAAAGAAUUCAUACUGGAGAGAAACUAUGAAUAUGUAGGCAUUUCUGAGGAAGACAAAACUUACUCUGCAUCAGAGAAUUCAUACAGAGAAAUCUUAUGAAUGUAAUGAAUGUGGGAAAGCCUUUAGGAGGAAGGAACAUACUACUGUAAAUCAGAGAAUUAAUACUAGAGAGAAUUUAAAUGAAUACAAAGAAUGUGGAAAGCUUCCUGCUACAACUCAAAUAUUGUUCAGGGUCAAAAAAUUCAUACUGAAGACCUGAUAAAUGUGAAUGUUAGAGGACCUUCAGACUGAGACAUCUUUCUCAACUUCAAAGAAUAUACUCUGGAAACUUUUUUGAGUGUAAUGCAGAUUGGAGGGUCUUUAGACUAAAGACCCUACUUUGUGUCCAUGAGAGAAUUCAUGCUGGGGAGAAGAUUCUCAUGAAUUUAAGGGAUAUGGGAAGGCCUUCUAUCACAACUCAGAUUUUACUCAAUAUCAAAGAAUGUAUACUGGAAAAAAAACUUAGGAAUGUGGGAAAGCCUUCACAAUGAAAGCACUUCUUACUCUUCAUCAGAGAUUUCAUGUUGGAGAGAAACAUGAAUGUUAUGAAUAUGAGAAAAACUUCAAACAGAAGACACAUCUUGUUCAUCAUCAAUGCAUUAAUUUUCUAAAGAUUAUAUUAUACUCAAGAGUAUAUAUAAUAUUUAUGAUAAAGUCUUUAGACUGAGGACACUCAUUUCUGUGAAAGACUUCAUACUGGACAGAUUCCUCAUGAAUGUUAGUAAUAUGAGAAGAUUUUCACUACACUCAGAAUUUAUUUAGUAUCAAUAAAUUCAUAUUGGCAAGAAA